CAUUUAUCUCUAGAAUGUCGAAUAAUCUAAUUGAUGAGUCUUGCAAGAAAUUGCGCGGCAAAUCAUGCAAUAAAAUGGAAUAUUUUGGUCAAUUAAUCGUGACGCGACGGACGACGCGACGCGUGACGCGCUCAGUGGGAACGCAGCCUUACGUUUUUCUUUAUGCCAUGGGCUUAAUUUCUGCUAAUUUUGUCAGUGCCAUACUCUGGCCAUACCUUGAUUGGUAUAAUUAGUACUGUUUACUUUGUAUUUCCAGCAACAAAUCCAAUGCAAUCGACAACUUUCCGGGGCGAUGAGGAGUCAAGAUUAACACGUAAUGAAGAUCACAAUACUUAUUCAGUUUUACGUUCAAGAACCGAAGAAGAGAAGCAGAGGCGUAAACGACAAUGGCAACGCCAGCAAGACCGAGAGAUACAACAUGAAAAAUUAAAACAGCGAAAGAUUGAAGAAUAUGAAAGGAAACGUGCACAAGCUUUAAAAUAUGCCGAGGAAAAAUCCUCGCGUCAUAGUCGAAGCAAAAGUGGUAGUGAGUCUCCCGCGCGUCAUCGAUACAGAGGUAGAUCUACAUCAACUGCUUCCCAAUCUAGUAGCCUGCGUGAAAAGAAAAGGCUAAAAAUGAAUAAAUCAAAUUAUAUAGGAGAAGGAUCUAAACCGAUAUUCGACAGAGAAGAAUUAAAGAAAACUACUAACAAAACUAACGAAGUGGAAGAACGACGUAUAGUUGUAGCUAUAGAUAAAGAACAAUCAGCCUCACCAAUCAAGUUGCAUACUUCGAAGAGACGGUCUUCAUCCUUAAGUCCUGUCAGGAAUCGUGUUUAUAAUUCCGGAUAUCCAAGUUCUUAUCAAUCCAGUCAUCGCAUGGAUUUGAAGCAUGGGGACAAGACAGAAAAAUGUGAUGGGAGAAGCAGUUUAGAAGAACGCAGAGAGUAUAAAGAGAAAUAUACAGAAAGAGAUGCAAAUAAGCAUGAUAUUAAUCGAUCGCAUUCUAGAGAACCGCGCAACUCACAUUCCAGGUCGUUUAUGGAAGAGAGAUCUUAUCGCGACAGAUAUCGUGAAAGAUCAAAAAAACGAUUUUAUGAAAGAAGUGAUAGAGAGAGGGAAAGAGAAAGAGAAAGGAAUAGGGAGAGAGACAAAGACAGCACAUCUGAUAGAGAUAGAUCCAGAGAACGAAGGAAUAUUGAAUCAUCAAUACCUAUACAUUAUAGCAGUUUUCCUCCAAGACCAAUCGUAGUAGGUCCUAUGGUUCCAUUAAGAGGACAGAUUCCACCUAUGGCAAGAGGGAGACAUCCUCCUUUAAUGGCAUCAGUUAGACCAUUUCCACCACGAUUUCCUUCAGAUAUGUACAGAUUGAGACAUCCAAAUCUAAUGGACAAUAUCCAGGAUUAUUUUUCGGCAGGGGUUUUUAUUAAUUCUAUUAACACCACGCAUAUGCAGAAUUUUUUGCAUUAAUAUAUGGAUUGCUUUAUUCGAUAAU